AAGAUAGUGCCUUUUUUUCCAGACAAGACCUCGUAUCGUCUAAGUCUGCCAUUAUUGUCGCUCAAGGUUUUCUCGUUGGACGGAUGCUCCUCUAUCCACGUUGGCGCAGGUCCCUGUUUCUAAAUCUCUUGCGCGCGGAUCAAGCUUGAUAGCAAAUCAUCAACUUUUCGGAUUCGCACCGAUUUACAAGCACAGGCUGGGCAGGAUACCUCUGGUAAGCAAGGAGGUCUCGCCGCAACCAGAAAUGACGAGAGGAUUCUCCCAGUUGCGUCUCAGCUGAAUCUAUGGACGUACCUUCGACAAUGAAAUUUCUGCAGGAAGACCAAUGUCCUUCGAUCAUCACACCAGACAGGAGUUUGGCGGAGCAGGUUGCCAAUGCAUGUACAGACGAAGCAACAGAAUCAGACCUGAACAGCACCUGAAACAGUACGUAGUGCGAGGGAUGCAUGCUCAUGAUUGAUGAUUACUGUAAUGGAUCACUUUCUUGUAGCCUUUGUAUGAAUCAAUUUGUCUGUUUGAAGUUUCGUCCGAGCUUCACGUAGGCUCACUGAAACUGAGUUCACUGAAUGUCUCCACUUGACAACUUUAUAGUGCUCGACCGUCCUUUUGGGUAUAAUCGGGGUUCAUGAACUCGCACCGCUACGUCAGAAGCAUGUUCUCCAAAACGUUUGCUACUGUAUCCAUGUUCACUAGUAUUCCGGCUUUGAAUAAAGUGUGAUAUUAAGUAA